UGGGAGUGAGAGAUAAAAGAUAAAGAGAGGUCCAUUAGCUUACAAGCAAAGGAAAGGAAAAGAAAGAAAAAAAAUUAAAUUAAGAAAGAAUGCAAUGUUCCCAAGAAACCAUUGCAAGGCUGUUCUACAAUGUCUCAAGCUCCUUCUUCCUUUUCUUACUCUUCUUCUACUUCACUUCCAUUUUGCUUUCUAAAUUCUUCCAAUUCUUCGGCACACCCAUAUUUCACAGAAAUCAAGAUGGGUAUGAAUUCAACACUCUCUCUGAGGAAGAAGAAGAAGAUAUGGAAGAGGAGGAAGAAGAAGAGGAUAAUAGCUAUUUCCAUGGAGGCGAAGUGAAGAUGAUGAUCAGUGAAACAAUCUAUGCAUCAUCAUCCACCGUUGAUAACCCAAUAUGGCAAUCAAAUCCGAUGGAUAUUAUCCACGAUCAUGAUCAUGAUCAUGAACCAUACGAAGCUUUUCUAUCUCCGGCCAGCUCAGAAUCCAAACAGACAGCGGAUGAUGAUGAUGAUGAAGAAGAAUCAGAAGCAGAGAAUAAUGAGAUCCCAUCUUGUGAUUCUCAUGCAGAUGUGAAUCAUGCGAUCCCCUGGCCCACACAGAAUCAUCAUCAUGAUCACCAUCACCAUCAUCAUCAUAAAACCCAACCUGAGAAUCGUCCCACCAUUAAUCAUCAUCACGAUGAAGAAGAAGAACAGAGAGAAAAACAGAGCAGUAAUGGUGGUGUGGGUAGUCAUGAUCACGAGCCGCCGACAAAUACAGAAAGCAGCAGGAAACUGCGAUGGAAGGAAGAAGAAGAAGAAAACGGUGUCGUAUUUGGGGAUGCAUGCACAGUGGGAUCCAUUUCAAGAGAUUCAUCAGAAUGGAGAGAUUCAUCAUACACAGAAGAUCCAUUUUCUUCUUCCUCUAGACGAAGUUGUUUCAAAUGGGAAUCAUACCCAAUCUUCCAAAAAUAUGAAGACGAAAUGCUUCUCUUUGAUAAAAUCAUCUGGGAAAAACUCCAAGAAUCCGAGACACUUAAAUACAUUCAAUCUCGUCCAAAAUCAAUGUCAAAGAGAAUAGUUCACAUAUUCAUCCCAGGAACAAAACACUCUUCUUCCACGACGAAUUAUCAUCGGAGACAUUAUCACGAACUGGAAUCUGCUUACGUUGCUCAAAUCUGCUUAACAUGGGAAGCUUUAAGUUGGAACUACAAUUACUUCUGUCGCCUAAAAGCUUCCCGUCGCGACGCCGACCCUGGAUGUCCGGCGUACGUGGCCCAGCAAUUUCAACAGUUUCAAGUUCUUCUUCAAAGAUAUAAUGAAACAGAACCAUAUGAACGUGGUAAAAGACCUGAAAUUUAUACCAGAAAGAGAAUCUCUUCUCCCAAAUUGCUCCAAGUCCCCGAAUACAGAGAUUCAAAUGAUGAAGAGAGAGAAAACCCAGGUCCUGGUUCAAGAAUCCCAUCAAAUUCAUUUCUUUCGUUAAUGGAGGAAUCUAUAAAGACAUUCAUGGAUUUUCUCAAGGCAGAUAAACAGAGUAGAAUAUCCAAAGUUGUUCUGUUCGAGAAGACCCGAAUUAGAACAGAUCAAUAUCAUCAUAACCCAAUUACGGAUCCAACUCGUAUUUUAUUAUUGAAGAAAGUAAACAAAAAGAAAAAGAGGAAAGUGAAAGAAAUAAGAAGGGGAGGCCAUAGAUGGACGUUUAAGAAGAAGAGUGGAGAAUGUAAAGGGGAAGAAGAAAUGGAGAUAUUAAUGAGUCUGAUAGAUUUAAAAGUGGUGGAAAGAGUUUUAAGAAUGGGUUAUGAAUUUGAGUAUUUGGAUGAAGAAAAGCUUCAAUGGUGUGAAGAGAAGAUGAACAAAGUAAGAAUAAUGCAUAAUGGGAAAGUGAAAAGAGAUUCUUCCACGUCACCACCGCUGCUUUUUCCGGCAUCUGUUCAUCAUAAUCAACACUGACUACCUAGCUAUUAUAAUGCUUUUUCUUUGAUUUCUUAAUUUGUCUUUAGGGUUUAUUUAUAGGCAGAUAGAUAGAUAUCUAUGAUGGUGUGUAAAGCUUUAGGUUUUAUUAUAUAUAAGCAAGAAGAUAUCUAUUAUCUCUUAA